CUUCUCCCGUAACUAUUGACGCCUGUUGUUGGGGAGAGAAAAAAUGGUUCCAAGUUUGUUUAACUUUUAAUCAUCAUCUUAGCAUCAUCAUUCAUCACUAUCAUAAAUUUAAUAAAUAUCACUAUCAUAAAUUUAAUAAAUCUUACGGUGCGGAUGAAUUCGUGGAUUUCAAAAUCCAACCGUAACCAAACCGUUAAAAGUGCGGAUUUGAAAACCUCAUUCAUGUCUGGCCCAUAGAUCUUGCGGAUUGGAUUUCACCCGCAAUUUUGUUGACGGAUACGGACGAAAUGUGCGGUUCCAGAAAACGAAAGGCCCAAAUCCAACAAAUUUUCCUCCAGAGGAGGUUGGCCUCUUAAGUCAUUUCACUGGCGGGAACUAGAUCUAAAUACCAAAAAUCGAUCACACUGAAGAAGCCAUCAGAAAAAAUGGAACCACCAGAAUCCCCUUCCGCCGCCCUGCAAACCCCCGACGAAGAUCAAUCAAGCCAAACCCCGCCACCACCAUCUCCACCGCUACCAUCAACAACAACUCAUCAAUGCCUUCCACAUUCCACUACCACCACUACCACAACUGCAACAGCUGCCCUAGAAAACCCCGACGAAGAUGAAUCAAACCAAACCCCACCACCACCAUCUCCACCGCUACCAUCAAAUACAACAAUCCAUCAGUGCGUUCCACAUUCCACCACCACCACAACCGCAAAAUGCUUUAACUGCGGUGGUCCAGCAGAAAUCCCACCACCACAACCAGUAUGGUCAGAAAUCUCACCACCACCAAAUUACAGACCAAUUCGUGCUCCAGCUCUCAAUCUCCCCCCAAACUACUCACAACAAGCCAUCAUCGACACUCCAGUUCCCAAAUCAGAAAAAGUCUCAGUCAUUUCACUUCCUCAUAAAUUUAAAGCUCCAUCUAAGAAAAUCCGUGUACCAGAUGAUAUGAAAUCUUUCAUCAAAUCCGAUUCUGCAAAUAACUUCAUCGGAUUCAUAGUCUCAUUAAGCGAAUCAAUCCGUGGGAAGAAAUUAUCAGAACCGUGUCAUGAAUCGGAAACCCUAAGCUCAAUCUGUUCUGUAAUGGAUAGUCUUGUGAGUUUGGUUGAUGAGAUUCCACCUAUUCAACAAGCUGGAAGGUAUGGCAAUUUUGCUUAUAGAGAUUGGUAUGAUAGAUUGCUUGCAAAUUCUGAGGAUUUGAUGUUGAAAUUUUUACCUGAAGAUCUUAAAUCGAGUACUAAAGAGCUUGUUCCAUACUUUACUGAUUCAUUUGGGAAUUCUGCUAGACUUGAUUAUGGUACUGGUCAUGAGACGAAUUUUGCUGCUUGGUUGUAUUGUUUAGCUAGAAUGGGUGUAAUUAAGGAAGAGGAUUAUCAAGCUGUUGUUUGUAGAGUUUUUAUUAAGUAUCUUAGUGUGACGAUACAAACUGUUUAUGAUCUUGAACCGGCGGGAUCGCACGGAGUUUGGGGUCUAGAUGAUUAUCAUUUUCUUCCGUUUAUAUUUGGUUCGUCGCAAUUGAUUGAUCAUAAGUAUAUGAAGCCCAAGUCAAUUCAUAAUCAGGAUAUAUUGGAUAAUUUUGCCAAGGAGUAUCUUUAUAUUUCGUGUAUUGCGUUUGUGAAGGAAAAGAAGAAGGGAGUAUUUGCCGAGCAUUCGCCUUUGUUGGAUGAUAUUAGUGGUGUGCCUAAUUGGGGUAAGGUGAAUGGUGGGUUGCUUAAAAUGUAUAAGGCUGAGAUAAUGGAGAGUAUCCCAAUUAUGCAGCAUUUUCUGUUCGGUUCGCUGCUUGAAUGAUGUAUUAAACUGGGAAAGAUCAAGCCACAGCAGUCUGAAGACCCUUUAUUUGUAAUAUGAUUGACCCAACUUACAGCAGGGAAUGCAUCAUUUGUAGACUUCGCUACUGCAAGAUUAUUUGUCCGAAAGAGAACAUUCAUUUCCUUGACCCGUUUGACAACUUCCUUCAUGGCCAAGCUUUCUGCUUGUUCAGCAUCUAGACCUCCUGUGAAGUAUCAACUCCUGAAGCCACGGCAUGUUCCUGCAAAAUCAUGAAGCGUUAUUCCAAUUUUGUGUUACCUGUGUGUUCUUUAUAAGAACCAUCCACAUUUAUGUUAAGUUGGUUAAACAGCAGGGCUCCAGCUAUGCAACUCUGUAGUCCUGGUUGUAU